AUGACAAUUCUGAGGAAACUAAUGCAACGGAAGGGCACUCGGUUUCCACUUCAGCUUGACAAGGGUCUGAUGCACACUUCUGAGGCUGGAUUCGCCGGUGCUGAUCUUCACGGUUUUUGUCGCAUGUUGCCCAAUUUCAAACCGAAUGUUGGUGGGCAAGAAUGCGUGGUAACUUUGAUCGUUCUGGGGAUAGUCGAUGCGGCCUAA